UUUUUACUAACCCAAUUAAAAAUUGGCGCGCGGAGGUCGCCAUUGUUCCCCUAGAUUUUUUCGCGGAAGAAACACCCAAAGAAAUUUAUACAUGUAACUAUACGAAGAAAAAUAAAUGCCGGUAUAAGAUUGUCAUUAAACGCCACAAUUAAUAUACUUAACCCGUUAUGACGCAAAAAUAAAUACGAUAUUAAGAAAAUUUUAUUUACUGACAACAGCGGAAAUCGUUGGCUAAAAAAAUGACGACGCAUCAAGUGGAGAUGGAAAAUUUUAUAACUGGUGACUUAACUCAAGAGGGUCAAGUAUCUGAUUUUGUUUCGCAAAAGCCGGAUGACAAUUCAAUUAUUGAACAAAAAGUUUCAAUAAGUGAAAUGAAGGAGGAGAUUGAUUGUCGUUCAGAAAUUGCAACCCAGAAAAUGGACAUGUUGAAGGAUUGCAUGGCUUUAAAUCGCAUCACAAUAAGAAGCAUCCAGACAUUAAAUGCUGGGGAUUUUAAUUUAGGUCAUCGAAGUUUUCAAAGCCUCGUUUCAUCUACUAGUGCUAGUACGAAUAGUACUCUUACUACUUCUAGUGAUGAAACUUUAUUGCCAGAAGAAAGUAAAGAUGAAAUAAAAAUGCAAGAAAACCUGAGUAUUAAAACUGAAAAAAAAUUUUUUAAGAAAGAAGACAGAGAGGAUAUUAAUGAUAAUAAUUUAAAUCCUGAUCCCCAUUCUGGCAAAAAGCUGUUUGUUGUAGUUUUAAAUGAUGGUACCGGAACGGCAGUUGUGCAAGUUAGUGAUGAAGAUGCUAAAAAACAUCAAACUAAUUGUGAAAAUUCUUUACAUGAAGAUAAUGAUUUUGAAAAUUUGUUUGAGCUAGAUAACGUUAAAAAUGUCUGUGACUUGAAAGAAUUAAGAAAAAGUCGUUUCAUAACAAAAAAACCUAAAGAUGAAUUAUGGAAACCGCCAGCUCGGAUUAUCAAAGCUGAAAAAAGUUUUAAAGAAAGUAAGGAGUCAAAAUCAUUUCAAGAACAAAAAAAUUAUUCUUCUAAGAAUAGUUGUAAUUGCAAAGAAUGUGAUCGUGAAUUCGAUUAUUCCUCGGCAGUAAAUUUGCACAUCCGAAAAAAUACUGGUGAGCGUUUUUACAAGUGUCCUAGAUGCGAUUUUGCGAGUUUUUAUUUGGCAAGUAUUAAAAAUCAUAUACGUUCGCAUACUGGAGCUAAGCCAUUUAAAUGUUAUACUUGCCGAGCGAAAUUCCCUACUUCUCAAGCUCUUUUGAAACACAAGUAUAACUGUCAUUUAUUAUCACCAAAAACUGAUAAUCUGAGAUGCAGAUUCUGCAAAGAAACAUUUGAAGAUAAAGCUAAGUGGAAAAAACAUGUCGAUAGCCAUAAAGUUGGAGAUUUUUACGCAUGCAGUAUUUGCAAUUAUCAAAAGAAAAAUUCUAGCUCGCUGGAAAGCCACAUGAAUAAACAUGCCAACAAAGAAUUGUUUAUUUGCAACGAAUGCGGAAAAUCAUUUGAACAAAAGGGGCUGCUGAAAGAGCAUUGGGGUUUUUAUCAUAUUUCAUUAUUACGAAAAAAAACAUACAAAUGUACCAUGUGUUCGUACAAUUUCGUACACUUUGAAUGUCUUUGCCGUCAUACUAAAUUGGUUCAUUGUAAAACUACUCCAAAGCGAAAAUAAAAAAAAGCAGAGUUUAAUUUAUAACUAAGUUUUCAUGUUGAGAUUAGUGUUUUCUUUAGAUCUUUUUUUUUUUUUUUUAAUUAUAUAAAUACUUACUUUAUUACUGUACUACUUUGUAUGCUUUUUUACGAAAUAUCGUGCUUAUUAAUAGUUAUCCGCGUUAGAAAAAUUGAGGGACAUAAAAAAACAAAUUGAUUAAAAGAAUAUAUCCACCAAAAAAUUUACAAUUAUCUUUAGCCUUUUCUUUUCAUCAAAAUGCUUAAACAUUUGUAAUAUUUAUUUACAUUUCUAUCUAAAUUUUUUUUAAUUUACGAUUUGCGUGUUUUUAUCAUUAGAAUAGUUUACUAAUUUAAAGUAUAAAUAUUGAUUUCCGUGCUGAGGAAAAAAAAUUACCA